AUGUCGACGCCAUCACCACUUGCGGCUACCGCGCUCUCGCUUGACGACACCCUCGCGAGGAUCAUCCGGCGCGGCGACCCAGUCGUGUUUGUCACUGGCUCGGGUUUGUCUGCGCCGAGCGGCAUUCCGACGUUCCGAGGCGCGGAGGGCGUGUGGGCCAAGUGGGUCCUGGAGUGGGGCACACGCGCCGCCUUUCUCGCCGACCCUCGCGGCUGGUAUGACAAUUUUUGGAUCCCAGCACACGUGGUCGCUGAGCCUGGUUCAACGAGCGAGCGGACCUACGAGCCGUCCGCCGGACACUUCGCGGUUGCGGAGGUUGCCGCGUGCCGCCAGACCAACGUGCACGUCAUCACGCAGAACAUCGAUGGGCUGCAUCAGAGGGCCGGCCUGCCCUCGGAGCGGCUGGUCGAGGUCCACGGCCGCGCCGGGCUGCUCAAGUGCGUCUCGCCCGGCUGCCGAUACGCGGCCGCCGAGAGCAUCGGCCCGGCGCAGUUAGACCUCGCGACCGCCACAGCCGAGUGGGAGGCGGAUGCGAAGGGUCCCGAUGUAACACCCGACCCCGCGCUUCGGGCACGCGUGGUGGUUCACCUGCGGCUCCGGCCGGCGGGCGGCGGCGUCCGAGCGACGUGUGCGGUGGAGCGGCAGGCGGCCCCAUGCGACCCCAAGGCGACGCGAACGGUGCUGGGUGCGCUGCCAACCUGCCCUGCCUGCGGCGCGCCGGCGCUGCCGCAGGCGCUGCUCUUCGACGAGGAGUACGAGUCGCACUCCUUUUACCAGUACCGCAAGGCGCGCCGCUGGCUCGACGGCAGCGGUGGACAGGCGCUUGUCUUCGUCGGCACCUCCUUCGCCGUCGGGGUGACGGAGCAUGCGCUCCUCGGCGCUCCUCGCCGCCAGCCGAGAGCGGCCGAGCGGUCGCUGCCGAGCUUCUCCUUCAACAUUGUGCCCGAGUCGGCGACGCAGGCCCACGAGGCGGGCGGCGAGCUCGGCGGUGCAAGGCAGCACGCCCCGCCGAUGCAUCACAUCGUCGGCUGCUGCGAGGCGCCGCCGCAGGCACAGCGGUCCGCACCCCGCCGCCACACGCCACACGCGGUAGUGCCGUGCCCGCAGGUGACUCUGCCCAAGCUGGCCGCGCUGGUCGCGUCGCCGCUCGCCGCCAAGGCGGCGGACUGGUACGAGGGGUGGAUCCCUCCCCAUGCCGAGGCGGCGGCGCUCGAGGGGCUCGGAAGCGAGUGGAGCGAGCUGCUGACGGGCGGGACGACGUGGGUGGCUUGCGACGCGUGCGGCAAGUGGCGGAGGCUGCCCGCGGGCGUUGCGCUUGACGAGGAGGAGGCGAGCGCGCGAUGGUGGUGUAGGCAAAACGUGUGGGACCCGACUCGCGCGACGUGCGAGGCGGAGGAGGAGCCGUGGUGA